CUUGUAGAGUGUUACGAUUUUCAUGUUUAUAUGCUUCGAAUUACAAUCUGUGUUAUGCAGGUCGCUGAUUCAACCAUGUUUAUGACAAGAUUUAUUGGGAGAACUCUCUUUGCUGCAGUUAAAUCUGAAACUUCUGCUGCUGCAGCAGCAACUGGGUAUGCUCGCAACCCUCUUGAGGCCUUCUUCGAGGCAGAUAGGACCCAGGAUGAGGAUAAACGUGUUGUCUAUGGUCGAAGUUGGAAAGCAUCUGAACUGCGCCUGAAGUCUUGGGAUGAUCUUCGUAAACUGUGGUAUGUUUUAUUAAAGGAGAAAAACAUGCUGAUGACUCAACGCCAGAUGCUUCAUGCCCAGAAACUAAGAUUCCCAAAUCCAGAGCGCUUACCCAAGGUGCGGAAGUCAAUGUGUCGAAUCAAGCAAGUACUUACUGAGAGAGCAAUUGAGGAGCCAGAUCCCAGGAGGUCUGCUGAGAUGAGAAGGAUGGUAAAUGCUUUGUGAUGACAUCCAAAUUGGUGAAUCUGUUUCUGAAGGUGCUGUGUUAUGUUGGUAUGGGGGAGAUUUGAGUUCAUGUUGGUUAAAACAUGACUAUUCAUUUUAUUUUUCAUCCUAAUCAUUGAAUUUCGAACGGAUGGUUGUGGUUUUGAAAAAUUGAAAAUUUAGGACAUUA